CAGAGCACAGAACAGAAAGAUAUUACGAGCAAUAGUUCUCCAUUCCCUACACUACCCCAUUUCCCUUUUACCCAUCACAAGAAAACUCUGUUGCUUCAUUUCUCCAACCAUCUUCCUCCAUUGAUCCUCACCUUCUCCCAGGGUCACUGGACUUUCCGCAAAUUUUUUCUGAGAAAUUUGUAGCUUUUCUUUAAAGAAAAUGGAGAGCAUUCAUGGAAGUAAUAUGCCAUUUGUUUAUGGCAAAAACGCUGAAAUUCGAUCGUCUCUCUCGCAACUCAUUUUGAACGGCGGUUCAAACACGAUGGAUUCCAUUUUCUCUUGUUGCCCGGAACCGAACCAAACAGCUGCAAACCACCACAACUCCGCCUCUGAGCCACUGGGCUCUUCCGUGUAUCUCCUACACAGAGAUAUUCUCCAGAAAUUCUGCCAAGAAAACAGAGUAACAACCCCUGCGUUGUUCACAAGAGCCCCUGCAUUCAACGACGCUCUUAGCGCUUACAUGAACCCGAUGAAGAAGAAGCUGUACAGAGGCGUGCGGCAAAGGCACUGGGGAAAAUGGGUUGCGGAGAUUAGACUUCCCCAGAACAGGAUGAGAGUUUGGCUGGGGACUUACGAAACCGCCGAGGCGGCGGCCUAUGCGUACGACCGAGCGGCCUAUAAGCUUCGCGGCGAGUACGCCCGCCUCAAUUUCCCCAAUCUUCGCGAUCCGACCAAGCUAGGGUUCGGAGACGCCACCAAAUUGGCCGAAUUGAAGAAAGCAGUGGACGCCAAGAUUCACGCCAUUUCUCAGAAGGUGAAGAGGGAGAGCAAAUCCAAGGAGUCCAAAUCCAAGAGAAGAAAUUCUGUGAAUUCUGCGAAUUCUGCUCAGACUGUGAGAAUUGAGUCGCCGUCGUCUUCUCCGUUUGCCGGGAAUCAGAUGUGGAGUAACGAUGCCGUUUCAACCAGUGUUUCUGGAGAGGAGAUGUGUAACUGUAAUAGCAAGACGUCGACGAGCUCCGAUUCCGGCGGGAUUCCGGUGAUGCCUUCCAUUGAUUCCGAGUUUGACGAUUGCGGCCUUGAGAGGAUUCCUUCUUUUGAUCUGGAAUUGAUAUGGGAAGUUCUGGCUAAUUAAAUUAGGACAACAGUUUUGUUGAUCUUUAUAUUUUGCUAUAUCUAGUCUCCACUCAUAGUAGCUUUCUAUGGCAUGAACAGAAAUUUUUAUGUUUGUUCAUUGCCAACACUUUCUAGUAAAGUAAUAAGUCUACCCAGACUCUCUAUGAGCAUUGUGUAUUAACUUUUACCGAUUUGAGUAAGUUGAUUAUACACUAUCUAAACUAAUUUAUCUUCUUA